AAAAUUCGUCAAUGAAAAGCGGCUCAGAGCGUGCUGAAGCGAAAUUAACGAGCGCGAAUGAGCCUGCACCGAGCACACUUUUUUGAUAAAGGAACGGUAAAUUCAAGCUCGGAGAACUCAAAUCAAAAUACCGGAACGCACACUUUGAGAUAGUGCACAAAUCUCAGCCAAAUGACAUUGCACGUGCCGGAGUGCCCGAUUUUUAAAAUUCAAAACAUUCAAUGUCAAAUCUUCUUCUAUUGUUCAUAAUCAUAUGCACAAAGUGUAAUUUAUUAGUGGAAGUUUUCUUCGACCAACUCUGAGAAUCAGUCUUUAGAUCAAGAAUCAAUAUCACGGUGGUAUCGGCGCUUCUUCCUUCUUUUUGCUUGUAAUUCUUGGGUUAUAUCUAUCGUCAGCUGUUUAAAUAUUGGAGAUCAUGGUAUCUAUAAAACCAACGGCAGAAGAACUGAAAUUCUGCAUGAGAGACCCCCAAUGCAUACGAAAUGUGUGCAUAUUAGCUCAUGUUGAUCAUGGCAAAACAACAAUUGCUGAUUUACUUUUAUCAACAAAUCGCCUUUUGAUGCAGUUGAAGGUGUUUGUGUACAAACCAGAGAGUCUAUCAGCAAAGCCUAUGAGGAACAUGCAAAAAUGAUUCUUAUUAUAAAUAAACUUGAUAGAUUAAUCAUGGAAUUGGAUCAAGAUAUUGAUUUGAUGUUUCAAACUUUAAUCAAAAUUAUUGAAGAUUGUAAUGUUAUUGUUGCAGAAUGUUAUCAAUAUGGUUUUUCAAAUAAUGGAGUUGAUAUUGAAGAUACAGGAUUGUUAUUUAACCCAGAAACAGGAAAUGUUAUUUUUGCUAGCGCUAUUGAUGGUUGGGGAUUCACUACUAAACAAUUUUGUAGAAUGAUGAUAAACAUGGUUAGAAAUGAAACAAUCGAUUCUCUUAAUAAGAAAGUGUGGAAUUUUGAUUAUUGGGUCGAUUCAAAAGGAGAAAUUAAAACGGGAGCUGUAGAUAAACAUAAACCUAACAUUUUUAUUCAGCUGAUCCUAAAAACUAUUGUGCACAUUUAUCAAACACUUGCUGUGCGAAUGGAUAAGGAUAAAGCCCCAGCUAUUCUUAAAAAGUUAAACAUAACCAACCCUACGAGAGAGAUGACUAUAUCAAAUGACCCUAAAGCCCAAAUUAGAUCUAUUUUAUCAUCAUGGAAGCCAUUGGCUAAAACCAUACUACUACAGUGUCUGAAUAUUUUACCAUCUCCAAAUAAUAUGGGAAAAGAUAAAAUUCAAUAUUUGCUCAAUAGUAAUCAUUAUUUAGAGGAUCCAUAUUUGAAUACAUGCGUAGAAGAAAUGAGCCCCCAUUUUGAAACAAGUUCAAUAGAAUCACCUACAAUAUGUUAUGUGUCCAAAAUGUUUUGUAUAAGUACAAAAUGUCUUUCUGAAAAUGCUCCUAAAGCAUUUGUGCCUAAACCCAGACAAAUUCCACUUCCUGUUUCAGAGACGGAAAAGUUGACUAUAGAAAAUAAAAAAAAAGUAUCUGAAAUAGAACUUGAACCUAUAGAACUCACAGAGGAACAAAAAAUUAAACAAAUAUCGGAUGAAAUUGCUGUUAUAGCCUUGGCAAGAAUCUUUACUGGGGAACUUAAGACUGGUGAUACAAUGUAUGCUAUGACAGAUGGAUAUUUGCCCAAUGAGAAUAGAAUUGCUGAAGAUCUCGAGUCGUUUAUUGCAGCUAAUAAGUUUGUUAGUGAAGUCAGAAUAGAAAAGCUGUAUAUGCUUUUUGGAAGAGAAUUGAUUCUUGUAGAUUCUGUUCCGGCAGGAAAUUUUUGUGGGAUAGGAGGGAUAGAUUCCAUUGUACUUCGUACAGCUACUUUAUCAACAAAAAUAGAUGUAGUGCCUUUAGUUGAACAUCCCACACCAUAUCCCGUUGUAAGGUAUGCUAUUGAACCAGUAAAUCCUAAAGAACUUCCGAUUCUACGUUUUGGAUUAAAGUUGCUGAUGCAAAGUGACUCUUGUGUCCAAGUUAUCAUGCAAGAAACUGGUGAAUUGGUGAUUUUAACUGCUGGAAAUGUGCACUUAGAGAAAUGUAUCGAGGACUUGAAAAAGAAAUUUGCUAAGAUAGAAAUUCAAGUUUCUAGUCCUAUGGUAGCAUUAAGAGAAACCAUAAGUAACAAUUUAGUCGAUUCAGUUCAGUAUAUUGAAAUUAAUACUCCAAAUAUGAAUCUCUCAUUGACGGUCGUAUUUCUACCUCCAGAAAUAACAAAAGUUAUUGAACAUAAUCACGAAUUAUUGAGGAACGUGGAAGAGCAUCAACACUUUAGCCUUAUAGACUUGAUAAGAAAAUUUAAUGAAAACUCUUCGAGCAAAAAUACUAAACUACACCCAAAACUAUUUAAAAGUGACUUAACCAAUCGUAGUAUUAUACAUGUUAGAGAACAACUAAAAACUGCCUUUCAAUCAAGUGGACUUUUAUGGGCUAAUAUGCAUAAUACAAUUUGGAGUGUUGGUAGAAUCCAUGACUGUGCCAAUCUUUUAUUAAAUGGCACGGAAGACUAUAAGCACAAUAUAUUUGUAGACGCUAAUGUCAAAGAUAAAAGAACACUAUUAGCCCAAUGUAUAGUGAAUCCUUUCCACAAUUUCUCAAAAGCAGGACCGAUUAGCGAAGAACCUUUAAUGAACUGUGCUUUCAUUAUCAAGAAAUUUGAACUAGUGGGAGACAUUCAGCCUGAAGAAAUUACACCGCAAUUAGUGUCAUCUAUCGAGUCUGCUGUUAAAAAUGCAAUGAAGAAUUGUUUUGAAAAACAGGAACCAAGAUUGAUGGAACCAAUGUAUACCACCAGUAUUCAAGUGAACACGAGUAUAUUGGGAAAAGUGUAUUCCGUAAUCAACAAGCGACAUGGAAAAGUUUUGGAAGCCGUUGGAAUGGACGAAAAAGAAAAAUUGUUUUUGGUACAAGCGCAGAUUCCAGUUCUUGAAAGUGAGGGCUUUGCUGAUGAAAUUAGGAAAACUACUUCUGGCCAAGCUAAUCCAAGUUUAAGAUUUAGCCAUUAUGAGAUUAUCGAUGGUGAUCCAUUCUUUGAACCAGUAGAAGAUGAGGAGGAUAGUGAAGACGAAUAUGAAGUUAAAUUGGAAUUGGGACUGCGUGCUAACAAACUUAGGAGAGAUGUUAGAAGACGCAAAGGUCUCCAUGUUGAAGAUGAAGUUGUCGUGCACGCUGAAAAACAGCGCACCCUCAACAAAAAGAAAUAAAAAAAUGAUUUAGUCAAGUAUGCUGCACUCUUUUCGGCAUAAUCAAAUCUCUCCGGAGAAGGGUCGUUCGGUGCCAAACAAUGAAUCAAGUCGGUUCUAGGUGUACCGCUACCAUUAAAUUUGACAGUCAAACCAUGGCAAACCUACCUAAAAGUACGCGGUUUUUUUCUAACGGAUACACAGACGCGUUUAAAUGUUUUUGCAACCUUGUCAAUAAUUUUUCUCAAAUUCGACCAAACUGGAUCUAAGGUUUCCGUUGUGGAUCCUACACUGCACUGACGAGGUGCAAGAAUACCGAAACUAUGUGGUUGAAUCUGCAGCGCCAAACCUGGCACCCUUGCUAUGAUUUGACUAUCAAAAAAUUAAAUGCUGAUGGGCUUUUUAUUCUUUAUAUUAUGUUUGUAAAAAACUUACUUUAAAUAUCAAAUUAAUGUUGGAUUAAAUGAAAUAAAUGUUAAUCUCUAUAAGUUUGAUCAGAAUUUUUAAAGAAAUGAAUAAAUUAAUACAAUAUUUAGCCAUUUGUUGCUCAACA